CCUAGCUAGGUCCAGGCGGCGCCUCCAUUCCAACUCCAGGGCGCGGAGAUGACCCGCCGCCGCAGCCCACGCCUCCAUCCCCAGAUCCCGGCCGGAAUGGCCGUCCGCCGCAGUCCGCGGCUCCUCUCCCAAACCCACACCAGCGAGGAUGGCUCCGGCAUAGCCCUCCGCCGCAGCCCGCGGCUCCACCCUCAGAUCCCCGUGAGUGCCAAGGGCGCCGGAGCGACCUGCCGACGCAGCUCGCGGCUCAACCCCGAAAUCUGCGUGGGUGAGGAGGUCUCUGGAGUGACCUACCGCCGCAGCCCGCGGCUCAAUCCCCAACUCCACACGAGCGAGGAGGGCGCCGGCCGCCGCACCACGCUGCUCCACCCCCAAGUCCACUCGAGCGAGGCGGGCUCCGGAAUUACACGCCGCCGCCGCCGCCGCGGCACCUCGCCGGCUGCGCCUGCCGCCCUGCCGGACGACGACGAUAUGCUCCGGGAGAUCCUCCUGCGCCUCCCGCCUCAGCCGUCCUCCCUCCCGCGCGCCUCCGCCGUCUGCAAACGCUGGCAACGCGUCACCACCGACCCCCGGCUCCUCAGCAGCUUCUCUGCCCACCACCGCAAGCCGCCCCUCCUCGGCUUCUUUGAGCCUGACUGCUACGACAUCGUGUUCACCUCGAUCAUGGACCCUCCCAACCGCAUCCCUCCCGUGAGGUUCGACACACGGCGUCAGAUCCGCAGCUUCCGGAAGGCCGAAGUGCUCGGUUGCCGCCACGGCCUCGUCCUCCUCCUGGCAGACUGGUUCAUUGUAUGAGACCCAAUCACCAGUGAGCAUCACCGCAUGGACGUUCCACUAGUGUUUGAAAUGUCAAACUACUUCUAUGGGGCUGUGCUCUCCGCUGCCGCUGACCAGGGCCAUAUGCACGGCAGCUGCCACUCGAGGCCCUUUAAUUUGGUCUUGAUGGCCCCGUGCCAAGGCUCCCAAAACGAUGGUCCACCCAUCGCUUGCGUAUACUCCUCGGAGACUGGACUAUGGGGCGAUCUGAUCUCAACAACAGAUCGAUGUGAGUUUGUUCAUUGUAAUCCUGGGAUCCUUGUUGGUAAUGUCCUUUACUGGUCAUCUAAGAGUGUGAGUGCCGAAUCAAAUUAUUUGGAUUUGGAUGAGCUCGCGGACGACAUAAUUGAGUUUGAUUUGGAUAGCCAGAGUCUUGCUUUGAUCAAGGGGCCUCGAGGACUGAAUUAUUCCACCACACAUCAGAUAAUCCAGUUAGAGGAUGGUGAUCUUGGUCUUGCCAUAUUGUCUCAUGGUAGAUUUGAAAUGUGGCAGAGGAAGGUCAGUUGUCAUGGUGGUGCUACAUGGUUCUUGCAGAAGACUGUUGAAAUACAUACUAUUCUUGGGCUCCCUCCUCAGGUGGAGGGAUCGAUGAGAGGGGUGGAAAUACUGGGGUAUGAUGAGGUUAAUGGUGUAAUGUUUUUAUUUGUGGACACCAAUGUCUACAUGCUUCAAGUGAUGUCAAUGCAAUCCAGGAAGCUUCAUCAAAGCCGUUAUGCCAAUAACUGUCAUCCUUUCACAAGUUUCUAUGGACCAGCCAUUCCUGAUGGAUACGGUGGAGCUGAAAUGCUGCAAGAUAUGUAGGAUGGCUGUCUGGUCUCAUGUGGUAAUAUGCUGGAAUGGUCCUAAAGGUGAAGUAGUCAAGGGUUGCUGUUGUCCCUAGUCCCUAGCGUUUUUUGUCGCGUUCCAUCAAUGUGGUCGGCAGUGUGUAUUUGUGUUGUGGAAGAACUUGCUGAACAUGCGCCUUCGUUAAG